AGUUCGGCUGCACCGUGCACCUACGACAACAAGUUUCUUCGCAGUGUCUACUGGGCUCUACGAGGCUGUCAGUACUGGUUGUGUUUUUAUGAUGAUGAAGCUGAGGUCGACAUUGAGGACCUGUUGUCGAAUCCAUUCAACACACAACCUCCCUCGUUAGAUCACCUGCAACAACUCACCGGCUUCGAUCGUCGAUGGCUAAUGUUUAUGUACAGGAAUUUCAAACAGAAGAGCUCCAAUGGCCGUAUGAUGCUCAGCGAAUGGAGAUCGGUGUUCCGGUUAUUAUUCCCCUAUGCUGCUAACUAUCAAUUCGCCGAUCGCUUGUACGCAACAAUUUCGAAAAUCAACGGCCAUCCACAUAUUACCUUUGAGGAUCUCAUUAUUUGUUUGUGGGAGUUGACUGAAGGUGCUCGAUCAUCCAACUACUGUCAAUCGCAACAUCCUGGCGUCUCCGUCAAAGCCGAGUUUGUAUUCGGAUUAAUGGCCCCUGAUGCCAAGGGACGAGUUAAUGAGGCGGCAUUCCACGAAUACGUUAACAGCGUUUUUCAUUUGUGCGGCUCGAAGAAGGACGCGGACGAUUCGGCUACCCUUGGUUUACCAACAGCAAACCUUCAACUACCGGAGCCAACGAAGCUGCUACGUUGGGUUAUAUGCUUGCCGCAGGAGAGCGGUGUUGGUGUAGCGGCAAAAUUUCCACUUACUCUGUAUACGGCGGCUGCAGCCGAGCUUCGUCCGUUGGCGCCAAUCAUUCGAAAAUUCGCCCAAGAGCGAUUUCGGAGUCUGGACGCUGACCGCGACGGCUUCAUUACUGUGGCUGAUAUCGAGCGUGAGAUAAACGCAGGGCGAGGUAUGGUAUUAAUGAGCCGCCGAGAUAUGGAGCACGCAGCAGGCAACUCACCGAGUUAG